AAUAAAAGUAUCUGCUUCUCCUCGUCUUCUUUCUCUGAUUCUCUCCAUUGUCAAUAGCUUCUCAUCCUUUCUUCUCUAUCCUUUGUAUUUCAGUUUAGUAUCUCUAAUUUCUGUAAUAGUUUUGAGUUGAGUUGUAAUUUCUUGUCACUGUUGAAGUAAUAGAAGUGUUGAAAAACUGGUUUGUUCCAUUGGUGCUUUCAUCGAUCGUACUCCAAUGGACGAGGUGAUACUAGAUCGUUUCAGCAGCGGCGACGCAACGGGAUGGAUUUAUCGAGCGGAGCGGUACUUCCAGAUCCUUGGCUUCUCCGAGGAGUAUUGGCUACCUCUUCCUUAUUUCUACCUUGAAGGCUCUGCCCUCGUUUGGUUCGAUCGGCUGUAUCGAAACAAGCAAUUCUUGGAUUGGAACCAUUUCAAGGGGAAGUUGAAGUUGCAUUUUCGAGCACAGACCUUCAAAAGUCCGGUACGUAUGGAAGAGACCCAGUGUGUCCCGUUCCUUCUAUGAGCAUUGUUCCCAUCUCAAUUGCAGUUGCAUCUGAUUUGGAUACUGGACAUUCUGAGGCGGACCAAAUGUUCGAUAAAAAUCCGCAAGGAGAACUGCCACUCUCACAAACUGACUUGUCUAGCGAUGCCAAAGAAUUAUUAAAUGAAUGCAUUCAUCAUGGCGAGGAUGGUGAAUUUAAAGUGUCGGCAACGUCAAUCCUUGAAGAAUCAUUUUUCAACACAAGGAACGAUCCUAAGGCCGAUGAUGCGUACUCGAAUGCCCACUUCAUUGCCCCACCGAUAGUGGUUAAUUUAGUAGCUGAUAAAUCAGCGGGGCUCCCUUUCCCGGUUACUCAGAUGCUUGGAGGAAAUACUAAAAGCAUUGAAAUUGAUUUUUUGGAUACUCUACAACCCAAGGAAUCCGCAGACAAGGACGGUGAAUGGCUCAGGAAUAUUGCGGACAUAGUGUUUGAUAAAAGUCUCGAGCUAAAAGCGACCAAACUGCAAUGUCAAUUGGCAAAUGUGGCGCCUCUUGAGACCGCAAAAUAUGUUUCCACCGAGAUUUUAUCUGCUCACUUUGAUGAACCAACAUGGAAUGAGGGAAUGACUUCACUGUUCCUCCAUACAUCAGUAGCUCAUGAAGACGACAAGAUUGUCGAGUUUCUCCCUUACAUAUUCAAACAACCCUCUUUAACCUUGGUGUUAGAUACUUUUAGGGAUCUCGCAAUGAACUUGAAAUAUGUCUUACACACUUGCAAUUGCUUUGACACUGGGCAGCAUGCUUCAAAUGAAGUUGUUUCAACGUUAUUGACUACAAAACGACGAAAGGAUUGUCACUUAUAUUCAGCACAUCGCAAGGGUACAAGGGAUAUUGGGCUACCAAUUUGUGGUUAUGUGGACAGUUGUUUCGCUACCGGGCAGGUUUUAUGGGCUUGCUUUAAUAUGAUAGAGUUGUAUGUGUCUUCAUUACUGAGACAAGUCCAGCUUAUUGGUUACCCUCAUGUCUUUCAAGUUCUUGAUAUUGCAGUUGUGUCAAGCAGAUGCAAACCGAGUGAAUGGCGUGCUGAUCCCGUAAAUUCUUUACAAAUACAGCACUUCCGUGUAAAGUGUAAUGGUUGUAAAGGAUUUAGACCAUCACGCCUUUUGCUAUUGCUUCUAGCAAGCGACGAAAUGGUUGAUUCAACUCCUGCUCACAGUGAGAGGCAUGACUUCAUUGAUCCGGGUGCUAAUUUCUUUAUAGUAACCAGCCGCGCAAAUGCGGAUCUGUAUGUGUGGGAUCUUGGAAUAAAUUCCGCGUCCUUGGCUCUAACAGGGUGUAUAGAGAAUGUGGCGGCCCUGAUAUUUAUGGGAUGUACAGGCAAGUUUUGCUUCAUUACAUUUUCUAACUCUAAGACUGGAGUAUGGGAUCCCGGACAACCAUGGUUUGUGAAUUACUACAAUUCACAAUCCAAUUUUGCACUGUCAGUUAGUAGUUUACCAAAGUUAACUCAUUUUAAUAUUAUUGAUUGGACUUGUAUGAGGUCUCAAGACCCUUCGGACAUUGCUUUAAAUGGCAGUUAUUCUUCUGAUGACACAAAUAAUAGUUUUCUUCCUUGUUCACUUAAGAUACCCUUAUUCCUUCGUGUAGCUAAUUUCUCUGGAGAAUUACUUUUGGCCAAGGGUGAUACUACGUUGUUAAGAAACAUCAUCUACCAAAGUACACAAGUUGCUAUACUUGGGGACAUACUUGAACUUGGUCCAACAGAAUUCACGUUCAAUGAGUUGAUGUUACAGUUUUGCUGUGAUGCCCGUUUUAAUGUAACUGCACCUAUCGAACGAACCGAGAAUAUAAAUUGUGCCGAAGAGAUAAAACUGCUAUGCUUCAAUGAUGCUCACUGCCCGGAAUCGAAGUUGCCAAGGAGAGGAGUUUGUUCAAGCUGAAGGCAUAGAUAUUGAAGGGCAUAAAUAUGACAACCACUAGAUAGAAAGUCAUGGCCAAUUAGAACUUCUCCUUAAAUUAAUCCACAUAAGCAAUACAGAAGAAAUUCAAAGGUCCAUUUGGGAGAAGAAAUGGUUAAUAUUGUAUGCAACCAGAUGAACUUGUAUAUGUGAAUAUUUUUAAGAGAAAUUUUCAUAAAGCACUA